AGGCAGGCUCAGAGCACCCCAGCCAUCCCCAGCUGCUGGGGGAGGGAGGCUCCAGCCCCCAGCAUCCGGCACCUGACGCAGAUCUGGGGCAAAUGAUGCAGUUGUGGUGAGGAGCUCUCUGAGAGGGGACGGAACCGCCACCUCCGUGCCAUGUGGAGGGGAAGGGCCCUGGGUGUCUGGGCAGUGCUGGCCAGCCUGGCUGUGCCCAGCUGGGGUAACCAAGGACAUAAAAUAACUGUGAAAGAAACCAGUGGGAAGGUGUUCCUGCAAUGUACACUACCAGGUAAAGUUACAUGGUGGAAAGAUGGGAACGACCUUGGAAACCAAACUCAGCUGGAGCUGAGUGCGGUUUACGACGACCCCAGAGGCCUCUACACGUGUAAAGCAGGAGAGACAGAGGAGAAGCUGCAGGUGCACUAUCGAAUGUGCCAGAACUGCAUCGAGGUGGACGCUGCCACCGUCUCGGGGAUCGUGAUCGCCGAUGUCAUCGCCACCAUGCUGCUGGCAGUGGCCGUGUACUGCGUCACCGGCCACGACAGGGGACACAUGUCACGAGCCUCUGACAGGCAGAACCUGAUUGCCAACGACCAGCUCUACCAGCCCCUCGGAGAGCGGGAGGAUGAGCAGUACAGCAGGCUGGCACCCACCCGGGCCCGCAAGUGAGGUGGAGCCUGUGACUCCAUCAGCACGCAGGCUCUGCCUGCAGAUCACCCCUGCUCCCUGCCAGGUUGGGCUACUUGUGGCACUGUGCUCAUUCCAUGACCUCCUGCACUUCUGUAUUCCUCUCAUUAAAGAUGAGCCUCUCCCACA